AUGUUUUCCACCUCAAAUCUCCUUCAAGUCCAAGCCUUAGCAUGUGAAAUGAUUCCUUUUCGGCAUGAAAUUAUUUAUGCUUAUGCAUGAUUGAUGUAUCCAGUAUAUAGAUAGACCCAUUAAUAUCAAUAGAUCAAUAGAAAUUUUCCUUAGAUCAGAGCCAUGUUAUCAUGUGGGGCACUAGAAACCUUCUUGCUGUUCCUCUUGCUAGCUUCAGCCUCUGAAGUUUCUUCUGGGCGGAGUUCAUUAAUAAGAACCCAAAGAGAGACAAUUAAGCAAUAUCUAAAACCCCACAACAGGGAAAGAGCAAAGCUAGGCCUUCGUCCUCUAAAAUGGAGCAACAAGCUCGCAAGCUUUGCGUCUUCAUGGGCACACCAGCGACAAGGAGACUGUGCGUUACUUCAUUCGAAUAGCAACUACGGGGAGAACCUGUUUUGGGGCAGCGGAAAGGAUUGGAAACCAGGUGAUGCAGUGGCAGCAUGGGCAGAGGAGAAGUGCUACUACAAUCAUAAUACAAACACUUGCACUAAGAAUAAAGACUGCCUACAUUAUACCCAGAUGGUUUGGAGGCAAAGUUUGAAGGUUGGUUGUGCAAGAGUUAUCUGCACAAGUGGAGAUACGUUGAUCACAUGUAACUAUGACCCUCAUGGCAAUGUCAUCGGUGAAAGGCCCUUUUGAAAGGCAUUUUGCUUGAACAUAUGGUUGAAUUAUAUAUAUGCUAACUUCCU